GCAAAAUCGGACGCAAAUGCUAAUGCCGUAAUGCGCCGAAUAAAAAUUUAUCCCCACUUGUAAUCAUUAAAGUCUUUAGGUCUCAGAGUCUUGGCUUUCGUUGUCAAAACUACAAAUGCCAGAACUCCGGGUGGUCUAUUGAUGUUAUUUAUAAACGCGAAUGGCCAAACAGAACUGCCUGGCGCCUGCCACAGAUCGAGGAAAUCCCAAGGUCAAAGUAGAUUCCCAAAUCCUAACCAGUCGUGCGCGACUGCGCGGUGCGCCCGUGCCUCAGAGAUGGAUGACGUAUCCGUGAAGCAGAUCGCCGUUCUGUACCCCGUCGGCGGCGUCGGGCACGUCGGGCCCAUGACGCAGCUCGCCAAGGUCUUCCUCCACCACGGCUACGACGUCACCAUGGUGCUCAUCGAGCCGCCCAUCAAGUCGACCGACUCCGGCGCCGGCUUCAUCGAGCGCGUGGCCGCCUCCAACCCGUCCAUCACCUUCCACGUCCUGCCGCCGACCCCGGCACCUGACGUGGCCAGCUCCACCAAGCACCCUUUCCUCCUCAUACUGGAGCUGAUGCGCCAGUACAACGACAAGCUCGAGAGCUUCCUCCGCUCCAUCCCCCGGGAGCGCCUGCACUCCCUCGUCAUCGACCUGUUCUGCACCCACGCCAUCGAUGUGGCGACGAGGCUGGGCGUCCCCGUAUUCAAGUUCUUCGCCUCAGGCGCGGGGACUCUGGCGAUCUUCACCCAGCUGCCGGCGCUGCUUGCCGGUAGGCUGACGGGCCUGAAGGAACUUGGGGACAAGCCGCUUCAGUUCCUCGGGGUGCCGCCCAUGCCGGCGUCCCAUCUCGCCACGUCGCUGCUGGAGAGUCCGGAGGACGAGCUGUGCAGGACCUCGAUGGAGAUCUUGGAGCGCAACGCGGGCACCCACGGCGUACUGGUCAACACGUUCGAGUCGCUGGAGCAGCGGGCCCUCCAGGCGCUGAGGGAUCCCCUGUGCGUUCCCGGACAGGCACUGCCUCCAGUCUACCCCAUCGGGCCGUUGGUUGGGACUGGGACGGGCAGACAGGAAGGCGACGGCGGCCCUCAGCACGAAUGCCUCGCGUGGCUGGACGCGCAGCCGGAGCGCAGCGUCGCGUUCCUCUGCUGGGGGAGCAAGGGCGCCCUACCCAAGGAGCAGCUCAAGGAGACCGCCGUUGGCCUGGAAAGAUGUGGGCAACGGUUCCUGUGGGUCGUGCGCACGCCGGCAGGCAGGGACGGGCCCGGAAGAUACUGGGAGCAACGUGCCGAGGCGGAUCUGGACGCGCUCUUGCCGGAGGGCUUCGUGGAGCGGACCAAGGACCGUGGCCUCGUCGUCACGUCGUGGGCGCCGCAGGUGGAUGUGCUCAACCACCCCGCUACAGGCGUAUUCGUCACCCACUGCGGGUGGAACUCGACGCUGGAGGCGAUCGCGGCGGGGGUGCCGAUGCUGUGUUGGCCACUGGCGGGCGCGGAGCAGAGGAUGAACAAGGUGUUUAUAACCGAGGACAUGGGCGUCGGGAUGGAGAUGGAGGGCUACAUGACAGGUCUCAUCAAAGCUGAAGAAAUUGAGGGAAAACUGAGGCUAGCGUUGGAGUCCGAGGAGGGGACGAGGCUUAAGAAACGAGCGCUGCAACUGAAGAAAGAGACGGAGGAAGCGAUGGAGGACGGUGGCUCGUCGGAGGCGGCAUUUCUCCGAUUCUUGUCAGAUGUUGCAAAUGUUAGAGGCUGAUUGGUUACCCGCAUCAGUCUAUUAUGAUUGUAUUGGUGAGCCAGGCUAGAUAAAAUUUGUUUUGUUUAUAAAAAUAUCAAGAUAUGAAAUCGGUUAUAUAAUUAAAUAUUUAGGCAUAUGUUUGGUGUG